UCGUGACCCGCCUGCAGUGUGUUUUCUCGCGGAUCUUCACCCUGAAAACCGAUCAUUCGUUUCCGCCUCUAUUUCAGCAUUGCUCGCGUAUUUUUUUCCAUCGUAGACAAACCGUCUCGUCUAGUCGACUAAAACAAAAAUAUAACAACCAUCGCAGUGGUGAACAACGAGAGACAAAGAAACCAACGUUGUUUUCCUACUCCGACUUACUAUCCACACACACACACACACACACACACACACCGAUUCUAAUAAUAAGACACCUUAGUUUAAAUUGUACUUCAGCUCGACGAGCAAGCAUCUCUCUGUGCCGUGCGCGACGUACGCCACUGAUAUGAGCCCCCUCGUCGUUAUUUGCGUGAUGGCAUUGGCGGGGGCCGUCCCCUUGCGCCGCCACCAGGACCUCGACGCCGUCCUCGACCAAUUCAUACAAAAACUGUACGAAUAUCAAGUCGCCACCCCCAAUAAUGACGACGAACAAAUGCAAAGCGAUCAACCUGAAAAUAAAAUCGACGCCGACAACAUGACCGACUAUUUACGCACUUCGCGAAAUCGACAACGUGAUUUCGAUAAUGACGACAGAGCCAAAGAUAACUGGAUUCAAGUUUUAAAAGAAAAUAUUCUACGACAAAUCGGGCGGUCGAAUAUGACGGUGAUUAACGAUGAUAGUCGAGGAGGGACGAACGUGACGAUGAUACCCGAUGUGUUCAAUCGGACAAGUUUCAAUGACGAUCACAUUACCGAGAAGAUACGAAGCUAUUACCCCUCUUGUGAAGUACCGACAAAUAUGGAACAAGAUGUAUGGAAAGAUGAGAAUGUCAUGAAUUUAUAUUUCAACAAUUUUGAUAAUUCUGAUGAGAAAGGACUAAAUAUUGCGACGGCAACGUUACGACUUUACAGGAUACCAACCGAAAAUGUCACUAAAACGGGUCAAAAAUCCCCAGAUUGUGACACGAGUAGUACCUCCGAAGAGGAAAAAUUGCUACGCGUGUCGAUUUAUUGGUACACACGCUCAGUUCGCAAGAAGAAAGUUAAACGUCGCCUUUCUGACAGCAAAGUGAUUCAAGAGAGUGCCCGUUGGGUGGAGCUGAGUGUGAAACCAGCGGCGCGCGCCUGGUCACGUGGUCGCAAUUUAGGGUUGGCAAUCCUGGUGGAGGACCAAGAAGGCACCAUCCUUAAGGCCGAUCGUCUCUUCAAAGGAGCCUUAUGCAUGGUCGGCGCGUCCACCCCGAAACCCAUUCCAACUAUCAUCAUCGACGCCGCUCGUCAAUCCAACGAACUUGACCGACGAAUUCAUAGCCUACUUGGAGGAAAUUCAACGUCGACCGUAUCUGGUGAUGUACCAAUGCUACCAACCAUAGAUGUGUGCACGUUGGAAUUCCCCGAAAAUUACAGCCAGCCGCCCCAGAUCGGACAACUUCGGAUCAAUGCGUGCAAUUUGAAAAAGUCACACGAAGAUGCACGAUUGUUGGCCGAAAGGGACCGACUCGAACGGCUGGCGACUUUACCCGAACUUUUAGCACCGAGACAUAUCAGACAUCAAAGACAACAUCUCAAGUUUGAUCCAAGGUCAAAUAUUGUCAAUAAAAGGAUUUUGACCAAUGAGGAAUUGCAAGCACUCAAUAUCACCAUUGACAGAUAAAUUCAUUUAACAAAUGACAAACAAAAGGGAUAAGACUGUGUGAAAUUUAGAGUAGGCUAUGUAAGUUAUUUUUUUAUUUAUGCAAAGUGGCCGGAAGUGUAUAUAUAGUCACGUGAUUGUGACAAAUGGCUUUUUUAUUUAGUUAUUGGUGCUACCUCAUGUUAUUAUUUAUUCUUGUACUUAACUCUUAUCAAAUACGAUUUUCCAUAUAAUUGUAAAUUACCUAACUAGACUAGUGUUGUAAAUAUGUAUAAAAACUAAACUCUAUCGAAAUAAAUAUCUUU